CCGGAAGUCGCACUUGGUUUAGCGUUGACAGACGGCAGCGCAAGGACAACUGUCUGUUGCACAGCGGAGCUUUAAUGUUACCCAACUCCAGCAGGUUUCCUCAUGUCACAAUAGAACAUGUUGUUCAGUCCGACGGAUUUAAGUGAAUGUUUCCGAGAAUGGGGAGAUUUAGAGAAGAACUACCAACAAAUUCAGGACACCCAUCGUCUUUAUAAACAGAAACUUGAGGAAGUGACCAGACUGCAAGACAGCUGCUCCGUUGCUAUAGCGCGUCAGAGGAAGAAACUGAAAGAGCUCUCUGCAUCACUUAAAGAAUGCAAAGAAAAGAAUCCAACACCCAAAUUAAAUCCAGAGGACGUGGAUGCCAUCGCUGAAAUCGAGAACUCCAUCAAAGACAGGGCCGAUGCUUUCUCUGAGAUGGAAGCUUUUCUGCCCAAGAAGAACGGGUUGUACCUUAAUCUUGUUUUAGGAAACGUCAACAUAACACUCCUCAACAAACAGUCAAAAUUUGCCUACAAAGAUGAAUAUGAGAAAUUUAAACUGGUCCUCACGGUCAUCCUCUUUGUCGUCUCCUUCUCAUGUCGCUUUUUGUUCAGCUACAGAGCCCUAGAUGCCCUGUUCAACUUCCUGUUGGUGUGGUACUACUGCACACUCACCAUCCGGGAGAGCAUCCUCAUCAGCAACGGCUCUAGGAUCAAAGGUUGGUGGGUUUCCCAUCACUACGUGUCAGCCUUUCUUUCUGGAGUCAUGCUCACUUGGCCUGAAGGCGCUCUCUACCAGAUGUUUAGGAACCAGUUCCUUACAUACUGUCUAUACCAAAUAGGCUUUGUCCAGUUUCUCCAGUACUACUACCAGAGUGGCUGUUUGUACAGACUCAGAGCGCUGGGAGAACGACACAACAUGGACGUGACAGUCGAGGGUUUCCAGUCCUGGAUGUGGAGAGGCUUGACCUUCCUCCUUCCUUUCUUGUUCUUUGGUCACUUCUGGCAGCUCUACAACAGCAUAACACUCUUCCGGAUGUUCCAGCUCCCGGAGUGUAAAGAGUGGCAGGUCUUGAUGUGUGGCUGCUCCUACAUGGUUCUCUUCAUGGGAAACUUCUUCACCACACUGAGAGUGGUUUACCAGAAAUACAUGAAGAACCAGGACAAGGCCAAGAGUUUAUAAGAACUGGUAUAAUGAACAGAAUCACCAAAGAUCCUCCUCUUUAUGGAACAUGCAAAGUUUCCGUUAGCUCUAAUAUUCUCUUUGGAGCUCUUCACCGAUGUUAUGAUUGUUGUCCUGGUGGGGUAUUUUCAUCACUGCUACUUUUAUCAAUGUCCUUUGAUUUCAUUUUUGUGUAAGAGAUGGUCAAAACAAUCACGGAAAUCACACUGAGCUGUCAAAAACCACGACCAGCUACCUGGCAGGUCUGGUGGCUGUGUAUGGAUUUCCUUUCUCGGUCAGAAGUGUACAACUCCGAUCAGAAAGUGUUACAUUGCAUCAUAUUUAUUUAGGGAAAUUAUAGAAUGUUACCCAGCAGCUCCUUACAGAAAGUGCUUAAUAAAACACUCCUCCAAACCACCA